CGGUGGGUGACGUAAUCAAAGCUCAACUCUCACAUUUGGAAAAAUAAGCAAAGCUGUUCCCUUGAGCCUUCACUAUUUGUUUACUUAGAAUUGCAGAGAAACUGGAUUGACUCUCUCUCUCUCACAACAAAAAUCCCCAAAAUUUAGGUUUUUGGUUUCGUUAUUCUCGGUUAUCCGGAGGAAUGCAAUCAAAGUCUGAAGGUGGAAGGCGAUUAGAACCUGAUCUGCACGGUGUUCCUCCAACUACAUUUUAUUCUGAACCUUGGUGGCGUAGUAAUGGUUAUGGUGCCAUCUCUCCAAGAGUGGGAGGAGGAAAUGCCUCAAAUUCAUCUUCAAGGGAAUGCCCUAAUGGUUCAGAGUCAAAUGACAGCCAGAUGCUGUCCAAUGGUGGGGUAAACAAAGAGGAUGAUGUUAAUAAAGGAACACAGACUACUAUAUCCUCCCGAUCAGUUAGAAAUGGUGGACAAGACCAUCACAAUUUGCAACAUGUUGCAUCUACCAUGCCUGCUAUGCAUGACAAACACUUCACACAACCUCCUCAGCUUGAGCUUGUCAGCCAUUCAAUAGCAUGUGCACCAAAUCCUUAUCAAGAUCCAUUUUAUGGAGGGAUGAUGGCUGCUUAUGGACAUUACCCUUUGGGUUAUCCUCCAUUUGUUGGAAUGCCUCAUGCCAGAAUGGCUUUGCCAAUUGAGAAGGCACAAGAACCUGUUUACGUGAAUGCCAAGCAGUACCAAGGAAUUCUAAGGCGAAGGCAGGCACGUGCCAAAGCAGAACUUGAGAAGAAGGAUAUAAAAGUCCGAAAGCCAUAUCUUCAUGAAUCUAGGCACCAGCAUGCUAUGCGCAGGGUGAGGGGUAGUGGAGGGCGUUUUGCAAGGAAGACAGAUGCUGAUUCUUCAAAACAGAUGGCAGAAGAGAAAGGAACAGGUUCAGGUCAUGCUCUGUCAUCUCAAUCUGCUAGUUCAUCUGGUUCUGAACCAUUUCCGGCUGAUUUUGUGGCAACCUGGAACUCCACCCUCAGCCAGCAGGAAGCAAGAGGAUCCCAUAAGCAUGACACCCGUCAUAUCAACAGCAGUGUUCAUUAUCAGAAACGAGUUGGUAGCAUCUCCUCCAACCAGGCCUCGCAUAGGCCUCUUGCUAUUCAGUGAAUUGGGGAACGCCCUUUCAGAAGCUGAAGGGUUAACUCUAAGACUAUUGUCCAUGAUCUCAUCUUGACACUUAAUUGUAAAGGCGGCAAAUCAUUCUUGGCUUUCCUAUUUGCUAUCAGGUCAUCGAUGUAAGGAGAGAAGAAGAGAUUGUAAGGGAAUAAAACUGCUUUUUGUCCUGUCGGUGCUUUGUUUUCCCUAGUUGCAUUCCUGUACAGAUAGUCUUGAAUAAAACUCAAAACUUUGUUUAAGUUUGUGGGAUGAUUCCGUUUGUCGUUUUGAGUUGAGACGUUUGCUUUUCUUCAAACCUGUAACCGCUACACUUUGUAGAUUGGAUUAACAAUGUUAUUAGUUUGCAUUUUCGGACAUUAAAACAUAGGUUUUGUUAUAAA